AUGUACUGCAGAAUAUUCAAUGACGAUGUUGGCCACACCACAGUACAGUUCAAAGUGUUGUCUACUGAGGAUGAGUGGCGGCCAAAACACAGUGAAAAACCAUUGGAAAUUUUUAAGAUGAAGGACGGUGAACAACAACUUCCUGAAGGAGAACCUGAAAUUGUUCGGCCAAAUUAUGAUGCAGUCGAUUUGCAAGACCUUAGAAGAUCUCUCGAAAAAGACUUCAGCUUGGCGCAUUUUACUGAAGAGCAUGUCCGUGAAUGGAAUCUAUUCUUUGAAAAGACAGCCACCAUCGAGACAGAGACAUGGCCGUUGCAUAAUUUGAGGCCGUUCCAAAAUGUAACAUAUUCAUCCACACUGACAGAAAAAGAGGCAGACAUUCUGAGACGGUAUAAAGAGAAGCGUCAUCAGUAUAAACAGGUAUAUUCGAGCAACAUCCACGGGGACAGAAGGAGAUACAUAGAGGGUGAGCAUGUUGUUUUUAACCAUACCGGGUUAAAAAGAAUAGGCCAAAUCGAAAGUGUUCACGAGGGAAUGUUGACGUUAGAAGAACUGCAGGAGCGGGGAAGGAAGUACUUCCGCACUGGGCAGAAGGAAAGGGUGCGAAUAGAAGAAUGCUACCCGGGAACUUUUGAUUUAAAUAGAGACUCGUCACUUCCCAGAAAAAUAAGAUCAAAAUAUUUUGCGUAGCUAUAUAAUGAAUGAAUCUCUCUUGAAUACUGGUCAUUUUGUAAAACGUGGCAAUAAAGUAAUGUGGUACUUUGAUUUGAACUAACCAUUUAAAGCGACAUGCCUCCAGAUCGUUCGAAAACAAAAAAAAAUUUUUUAGAUAUCUUGAAAUAAAUGCUAUGCAUGUAUUUCUUAAGAAGGCUUUAAAACUUAAUUACUGACAAACUUUAUGUUACGGAAACACAUGAGAAUUUUCUGUUUUUACUACUUUUUUACGAAGAAAAUCGAAAAGCGUUUGUCACGCUUUUACUUGAGGUAAACUGUCUCAAUUAUAAAUAUCAAUAUUUAGAAGUCAUUAUUCCCUACUUCAGCUAUAGCGCUAUUGGUUACGACGACGGAAAAAUGUCUAUUGCCGCGGCGGUCCGGGGUUCGAUUCCCGAUACGGUCAUCUUUUUUUUCUUCAUUUAGAAUUUUAAAAAUAUUUUAGAAACAAAAAUUAAUUUUCUAAUGUUCACUUCAAUUUGAAAGAAAGAUUUUUAGCCAAAUCUGGAGGCAUGCUGCUUUAAUUAUCACGAAAUUUUUUAAAUUCCAUUUACUGACAAACUUAAGACGUGUUCAUCCAUAUCAAUUACAGCAUAAAUCUGUUAGGGCCACAUUGCCUAAAAUGAUUAGUACAUGUUUUACAGUAUUAAUUCAUUUAAAUGGCACAAUUAAGUUUUAUGUCACAAGAAAAUUGAGGCAAGCUACUAAUUUCAGCUAUUCUAAACAAGAAACGUUUUAUCGGCUCUUUUAGAGAAAAAAGCCUUAUUAUUGUUUACCAUGUUUUUUUCCGUCAUUUUAUGCAAGACCACUAGGAUAAGAGAUGGUUCUUGUCUAACAAAGACUUCUUGACAUGUACGCAACCAUUGUUAAAUUUAUCUCUGUUAUAAAAGGGACUUGCAGAGAACUUACUUACACUUGUCCAAUGUAAAUAAAUUUUACAGUAUUUAUCCUCUGGAGGAACAUGGUAGUCGAGCCCUUUAAUAUAUAUUAUACACUAUUAGAAAACACACUAUGGUUCAUCACUGGCAUAUGAAUAAUAUAUAAAUUGUCAUUUAUAUAAGAAAUGAAUUAAUUACGGAAGAAACUCUAUAUUUUACAAGUCAGGAUGAUAUUUUAUGGGUUAAAAUUUCAGGAGAAAAAUUAUCACUUGAUAAAGACUUUUAUUUAUGUUUAUGUUAUGUUUUGCCAGAUGACAAUAGUAGGCAAGCUUUCGUAGAAAAUAGUAUUUUGAUAGAAUAACUGAUUCACUUAUACAUGUAGAAAAUAGCUGUAACGGUAAUUGCUACUUAGCUUUGUUUGGUGAUUAUAAUGCACGAACUUCACUGCGGCCGGAUUUUGUUUCAAACGAUAAUGAUAUGCACGUGAAUAUGUUAUAUAUGCUACCUGAUGAUUAUGUCUGUGAUAAUGUAAUGGAAAGAUUUUCCCAAGAUGCAGGUCAUGUAAAUAAUAAUGGCAUUCAAUUAUUAGAAUUUGUAAACAGUCAGGGUUACGUAUAGUAAAUGGCAGAAUUGGUAAUGACAUGCAUAUUUGUAAAUAUACAUUUGUCAACAGUCGUGGUUGUAGCCUUAUAGAUUAUGUAUUAUGCAAGCCUGAAAUGUUUUGUAAUAUAAAUGAGUUUGAGAUUGAUAUGCCAAAUAUUUCGUCCGACCACUGUCUAGUUAUUUGUAUGUUUAGUUUAGAUACUCAUAAUAAAGUUGUUUAAAAUGAUUAUAUAUACGUUGAGAGUGAGAAUUAUAUAGAUUUUAAAUACGUGUGGAAUAAUGAUUACAAAACUCAGUUUAUCGAGAAGUUGUCGAGCACGGAUAUUUCGUAUUGCUUAAAUGCAUUGUCCAAUGAUAUACUUUUGUGUUCUACAAAUCAAGAUGUUGAUGAUUGCUUACAAAGUUAUCAAACUACUGUUGAUAAAGCUGCAUCUCCAUUGUUUAAAAAGUCAGCUCGGAAACGCACUGAAAAUGAUAGUAUUGGCUCAUUUCAAAAUAAUAAUAUUUGGUAUAAUAACGAAUGCUGUGAAAAGAAAGAUAUAUUUUUUAAUUUAUUGAAUAGAUAUAGAAGUGAGCCAAAUGAUGUCAACAGAAUUAAUAUGGUGCAAGCACGGUCAAUAUACAAAAGCACUUUAAGAAAAUGCCGGUAUAAUUUUGAUAAAGAAAAAACAUUAAAACUUGCUAGGUUUAAGAAUGCACGAUUAUAUUGGAAUAUGUUGAAAGAAACUGCCGGUGUUAAAAAUACAAAUAUACCUUUGCCAUCUUUUGAAAUGUGUUUUAAGUCAAUAAAUAACCCAAAAGAUAGUUUUUUACACCAGAUGAAGAUGUGUUAAACUUUAUAGAGCGUUAUGACCACAAUGAAUUUAAAGUUAUGUUUGCAGAAUUAAAUGAACAUAUUUCUUUUGCUCUAAUGCUCUAAUGCUCAAAAAUGACAUAGACGCUGCACCAAAUAAGGUAAACUGGUGUUCUUUAGUGAAAACUUGUUAUGUACUCUUGGUUUUUAUGUUGUAUGGUUACAACAAAGUGUUGGUAUGUUUCUAUCUGUAGUUAAACAAAGGUUACACGAUCAGUUCAGACAAAAUUGGCACGAGAGAUUAGAAAACUCUAGUAGAGCAUUAUUUUACAGAAUCAUUUCAAAUUUUAGGUUCCAGCCAUACUUUGAAUAUUUUACAAACGAUAGAUUUUGUCAAUCAUUUGUGAGAUUAAGGGUUUCUUCUCAUAGAUUACAAAUAGAAGCAGGGCGUUGGUCAAGACCAGCAGCUACACCAUUAAAUGAAAGAUCAUGUCAUGUUUGUAACGUUUUAGAAGACGAGUAUCAUUUUUAAUAGAAUGUGUAAUAUAUAAUGAACUUAGACGCACAUAUAUACCAUCGAAAUAUUGUAUAAGACCAAACAUGUUUAAAUUUGUAGAUUUAUUAAAUAAUGAAAACAAAAUGAUUGCAAGAAAGCUUGGAACGUUCAUAUACAAUGUUUUUAAGAAACGCAAUGAAGUGUUAUAUGGUAAUCAUUAAUGAUAUAUUAUGAAUGUUAUAAUACCCAGAAAUAUAAAUGAAUUGUCUAGAAAAGUCCUUGGUAACAAAACCAUAGUGCUGUGAAUAAGAAUAUCAAUAUAAAUAAUGAUUCUGAUAAUUGCACUUUUUGAUUGUUUAUUUUUUCUCAUAGCGUAUUUCUAUAUAUUCUUGCAUGAGGUAAAUACAUGCAGUUCUAUUCCAGCCAGUCACCUUUCUGUUUCGUUUCUUUUAAGGUGACGCACAACUGGAAUGUUAUAGACAUUUGAUUGUGUUGUAAAAUGUAUAGUUAUAUGUAUAUAUAUAAAAAUGACAAUGAAAGCUAGAGAUUGCUUUCAACUUUAUAGAACCUUCUCCAUUGGGAUACACUACACGUAUAUAAUUAUGAUAUUUACUUAUUUGUGUCAUAUGUAUUCAUAGUCAAUAUUUGUGUAUUGCUGUUAAUGUUCACCAUAAAAUUUUGUACUUGUAUGCCUCAUGGGCUUCUUAGCCUAAUGAUUUAUUUGAAAUAAAACUGUAAAACUGUAUAAAUGCAAUAUGACAAACGUUCAUAACGUUACGAAGACUUGGGCCUGACUGAUAUAAAACAAUUAUUGAUAAAAUUUUCAUCCAAUGUAUCCAGUCUGACCAAAUAUGAAAUAUAAUUAAAAACGAUAAGUUGUAUUCACUAAAAAAUAAAUGAAAUUAUCAACUUUGUGUACAUGUACUUUUAAUGCAACCAACGCAGCAACUGAUGUGUCAUUAGUAUUUUAAUAUUACUAAUUAGUAAGUGCAAUUUUACAUGUUGUCAUUCGCUGCAGAACAGUGUAACUUUCGAUAUGUAUAUAAGAAUGUUCAUUUUACGAAUCUGACCCGUUUAACACAUGUUGAUAAUUAUUUUGUUAUUAGGCUAUGAUUUGUUGAGAUAUCAUAAAAAAUACUACUGUGUAAGUUUCUUGCACAUUCUAAAACUUGUGUUAUAUUUCAUUAGGUUUUUAGCUCUACUAUCCGAAAAAUAGCAAAUGAACUUCCGUAACUUGCACAGGAAUGUAACCUGUUCAUAGACAUCAAAACAACUAUUUUACAGAUAGUAAAGGUGCUUUUACAAGACUCCUCUUGCUAAGUUUACAAUAUUAUUUGAACGAACAUUCACACUAGGCUCAUACUGACUCAUUGAAAGAUAAAAACAUGUCUGACUGAACUUGAACAUCCAUUUGAAAUUUACUUAAUACAAUAUGAUUAAUGUGAGAGUUUUGACGAAAUUAGUUAAGUUAAACAUUUCACUAUUAAUAUAAAUAAUUGUAUAUAAAAAUUGUUCGUUAUAUUAGAUAUUUAAUCACUGUUAAAUAAGCAGUACAUUCAAGUUUUUAUGCACUUAAAGAUUCUACCUUAACUAGAAUAUAUUGAAAUAAAUUGAUUAUUUAUUACUAUAUAUUUACAUGAAUAUGCAUUGUGAUGUUGCAUUUGGAGUUCCUCGAAUAUUUACGUUUCGGAAGGAAAUGUACACACUCGGAUGGACUCUGGUAUUUGCAAACCAUUUAAAUGCAUAUUUUAUGCAAAUAUUGAUAGUCGUAUUUGAUAUUUUAUUUUCAACAAAGUAAAGGAUGUAAAUAACACUAUAUAUCUGGAAAAAUGAGGUCAGUAGACCACCCGUAACAGUUUGAGGAGAGGGACUGAUCCGUAUCUCUAGUAUUAGAUUCUAGAGUUACGAAUACAUACCACUAAAUAAGUAGUGAAUCGGAUCUUAGUCAUCGAUGGUUCAAUUUAGUUUUUAUGUAAUCUAAUAUGUAAUCUAAGAGAGCGUAAAGGACGUUUGUGGUUUCCGGCCCAUUGGAGUUGCAUACGAUAGUUUAUUGAUUUUUUCUUAGCUGAAUUCAGAUAGCGAAUGGGUUCGUAAUAACUACUUCUCGUCUAAAUAGGUAGAGUUGGUCUUCGUUUAAACUCUCGCUUCUUAUCCGAAUUCAGCUAGUGAAUCGGAGCUUAUACAUCGCCUGUUCAUUUAAUUUGUUUAUCCAAAUUCUGAUAGCGAGUAGGACGAUUGCCAUCACUUGAUCGUUUUAUUUUCAAGAAAGGUAUUUCAGAUAGUGUACAGGACAUUUGCCAUUGCUAACCCAAUAAACAUUGAUUAGCAGAAUUUAGUUUUAUACUGCAGCUUGCAUUCUAUAGUCAAUUAAUAUUGUCUAUCCGAAUUCGGAUAGUGAAUAAGAACAUGGCGCGUCUAAAUACUACCUUUCAAAAUUCAGAUAGUGCUGGUAGAGUUUGCCAUAAUUUUAAAAUAAUGCUCUUUAUCCAAAAUCAGGUAGGUUAUACGCUUAUUCGUAUAAAAAUAGUGAAUCGCCUAUUCAUUUUAUUUUGCUUAUCCAAAUUCGGCUAACAAGUAAGUAGAUUGGCAUCGCUUGCUCAUCUUAUAGUGCUUAUCAGAAUUCAGGUAGCCAUUCACCUUUUCAUUUGUGUUGUUUAUAAGCCAAAUUAACUUAUUUCGAAAUCCUUCUUUGUACUUGUAUAUCAAAUAUGAAAAUAAAUUUUCUAAAUAUAAAGUGAA